AUGAAACUCUGUACCUACAGCAUUAGUAACGCUGUGAAAGACAGUACCUACAGCAUUAGUAACGCUGUGAAAGACAGUACCUACAGCAUUAGUAAUGCUGUGAAAGACAUUACCUACAGCAUUAGUAAUGCUGUGAAAGACAGUACCUACAGCAUUAGUAAUGCUAUGAAAGACAGUACCUACAGCAUUAGUAAUGCUAUGAAAGACAGUACCUACAGCAUUAGUAAUGCUAUGAAAGACAGUACCUACAGCAUUAGUAACGCUGUGAAAGACAGUACCUACAGCAUUAGUAACGCUAUGAAAGACAGUACCUACAGCAUUAGUAACGCUGUGAAAGACAGUACCUACAGCAUUAGUAACGCUAUGAAAGACAGUACCUACAGCAUUAGUAACGCUGUGAAAGACAGUACCUACAGCAUUAGUAACGCUAAGAAAGACAGUACCUACAGCAUUAGUAACGCUGUGAAACACUGUACCUACAGCAUUAGUCAUGCUAUGAAAGACAGUACCUACAGCAUUAGUAACGCUAUGAAAGACAGUACCUACAGCAUUAGUAACGCUAAGAAAGACAGUACCUACAGCAUUAGUAACGCUGUGAAACACUGUAUCUACAGCAUUAGUAACGCUAUGAAAGACAGUACCUACAGCAUUAGUAACGCUGUGAAAGACAGUACCUACAGCAUUAGUAACGCUGUGAAAGACAGUACCUACAACAUUAGUAACGCUAUGAAAGACAGUACCUACAGCAUUAGUAACGCUGUGAAAGACAGUACCUACAGCAUUAGUAACGCUAUGAAACACUGUACCUACAGCAUUAGUAACGCUAUGAAAGUCAGUACCUACAGCAUUAGUAAAGCUAUGAAAGACAGUACCUACAGCAUUAGUAAAACUAUGAAAGACAGUACCUACAGCAUUAGUAACGCUAAGACAGUACCUACAGCAUUAGUAACGCUGUGA